AUGCUAACCUCCUCUCAGGUAAGUCCACUGGUGGCAAGGCUCCCCGUAAGCAGCUCGCCUCCAAGGCCGCCCGCAAGGCCGCCCCCUCCACCGGAGGUGUCAAGAAGCCCCACCGCUACAAGCCCGGUACCGUCGCUCUUUCGUGAGAUCCGUCGCUACCAGAAGUCCACUGAGCUCUUGAUCCGCAAGCUCCCCUUCCAGCGUCUGGUUCGUGAGAUCGCCCAGGACUUCAAGUCCGAUCUCCGCUUCCAGUCUUCUGCCAUCGGUGCUCUGCAGGAGUCCGUCGAGGCCUACCUCGUCUCCCUCUUCGAGGACACCAACCUCUGCGCCAUCCACGCCAAGCGUGUGACUAUCCAGUCCAAGGAUAUCCAGCUGGCUCGCCGCCUCCGUGGCGAGCGCUCUUAG